UUUAAAGAAAUGUUUAUCUAUUGUGGACUCAACCUUAAUUAUCAUCGCAGAAAAUUGUGGAUGUUUAAAUAGCUGGAUUAUAUAGUUUUAACAAGAAUUUCUUGUAAAAUAAAAUUUCUACUUAAAAGAAAUCACUUGAGAGAAAAAAGAUCAAAUAAAUAUUGAAAAUGGCAUUAGCUACAAUUUUACGUACAACACCUCAGAAGACAUGUGUUGCUUUCUUUCAAACAUCAGCCGUCACUAAUAAAGCACGAGCAGGUCGCUAUAGAGUAACAGCUAAAAAAAAUAAACCACUCACAUAUGAAAUGUCAUUAAAACCUCAUGAAAUUGCUCAUAAGAAAGGAUGGAAUUCUUGGAAUACAUCUAAUUUAAUUGAUGGAAACAGAUCUUCUGAAACAGCGGUGGAAGAUAUGUUUAUACGGCGUUUCAUGAAUGGUACAUGGCCUUUACUUUUGUUGAGUGAAAUAAUCAUAAAGCGUCAAAUUAAUAUUAUAAGAGUAGCUGGAAUUUUAAAGUUAACAGCAAAUCCUCGACAAAUAUACUUCUUGACAGGUUACAGCGAAGAAUUUUUGAGUUAUUGGUUACAAUGUCCUGUUAAAUUAGAAAUACAGCUUGCAAAGCGUAAUGAUGUUAUUUUUAAAUAUAUUUAGCGAGCUUUUCAUAUUUCUUGUGCGGAGAAUUUAUUAAAAUUUUAUUACUGAUUAUCAUUUAUGUUGGAGGUAAAUUUUAAAUAAUUUAUUUUUCAUGAAAUGUGUAAUUGUCAGUAAUGAUAGAAUCAUAAGCUGUAAAAAUUACAAGGAACAUUGUUAGGUUUAAGUAAAUAAUGUACAUAUAAUAAAACAUGUAAAAAUUUAUUAACAAA